ACAAAGCGUAAUGACGUGCGGUUGAUAGGUACUCCGUGUGGUUUUAGUUCUAGCUAAUAUUUGUGAAAUAAUUGUUAAAUCGGUACCCAGCGGCGUUCAAGCCGCGCGUCGCGAUGGCGGACGAGGAAAAUAAUUGUGAUGAUGGUGAUGCGCGGUUUGGGCAGGCGCAUCGACUGCGAGGCCGUAAGGGAGCCCUGAAGAAGAAGAAUGUUUACCUCGUGAAGGAUCACAAGUUUAUGCCGAGGUUCUUCAAGCAGCCGACGUUUUGCUCCCACUGCAAAGACUUCAUAUGGGGUUUCGGCAAACAAGGCUUCCAAUGUCAAGUAUGCAGUUUCGUGGUCCACAAGCGAUGCCACGAGUACGUCACAUUCACGUGCCCCGGCGCAGACAAGGGAGCCGACUCCGACGACACUCGAACGAGGCACAACUUCCGCGCUCACACGUACUCGUCCCCGACCUUCUGCGACCACUGCGGAUCCCUGCUCUAUGGCCUCAUCCAUCAAGGCCUCAAAUGUCAAGCAUGCGACAUGAACGUGCACAAGCGGUGCGAGGAGUCUGUUCCGAACCUGUGCGGUUGCGACCACACGGAGCGGCGCGGGCGCAUACAGCUAACCGUCUCCUGCACUCACAACAAGCUCAUCGUCGAAGUAAAGCAAGGCCGCAACCUGAUCCCGAUGGACCCCAACGGGCUGUCGGACCCGUACGUUAAGAUGAAGCUGAUCCCGGAUUCGGACAAUGUUAAGAAAAAAACCAAGACGAUCCGCUCCACGCUCAACCCCGUGUGGAACGAGACGCUAAGCUUCGACCUGAAAGCUGAAGACAAGGACCGCCGGCUGCUUAUUGAGAUAUGGGACUGGGACCGGACCUCCCGCAACGAUUUCAUGGGGUCCCUCUCCUUUGGGAUUUCCGAGCUGAUGAAGGCACCAGCGGAUGGGUGGUUCAAGCUAUUGACCCAAGAAGAAGGCGAGUUCUACAACGUGCCUGUGCCGGAGGAGGGGGCUGACUUGGCCCAGCUGAAGAACCAGAUGAGGGCCACAAGUGUGGGGGCCCGGCGACCCCCGCCGCCGCCGGACCGCGAGGUCCCCCACAAUAUGGCCGCUGCUGACGUCAUUCGAGCGUCCGACUUCAACUUUAUUCAGGUGCUGGGCAAGGGGUCUUUUGGAAAGGUGAUGUUAGCCGAACGUCGCGGCACAGACGAGCUGUACGCAAUCAAGAUCCUGAAGAAAGACAUCAUCAUUCAAGAUGACGACGUGGAAUGCACCAUGGUGGAGAAGCGGGUGCUGGCGCUGAGUAGCAAGCCACCCUUCUUGGUGCAGCUGCAUUCUUGCUUCCAGACUAUGGACCGGUUGUACUUCGUGAUGGAGUACGUCAACGGAGGGGACCUCAUGUUCCAGAUACAACAGUGCGGCAAGUUCAAGGAGCCUGUUGCUGUAUUUUACGCAGCUGAGAUAGCAAUUGGUUUAUUCUUCCUCCAUUCUCGCGGCAUAGUCUACCGCGACCUGAAACUCGACAACGUCCUUCUCGACCAAGACGGCCAUAUUAAGAUCGCUGACUUUGGCAUGUGCAAGGAAGGAAUCACUGGGGACAAAACUACCAAGACCUUCUGCGGGACGCCGGAUUAUAUUGCGCCAGAGAUCAUUUUAUACCAGCCGUAUGGGAAGUCUGUGGACUGGUGGGCUUAUGGGGUGUUGCUUUAUGAGAUGCUAGUUGGUCAACCGCCAUUUGACGGGGAAGAUGAAGAGGAACUAUUCGCAGCUAUUACAGAUAACAGCGUGUCUUACCCAAAGACCUUGAGUAAGGAAGCGAAAGACGCGUGCAAGACUUUCCUGACCAAGAACCCUCAGAAGCGUCUGGGGUGCGGCGCGCGGGGGGAGGAGGACGUGCGCACGCAUCCCUUUUUCCGACGCAUCGACUGGGCCCGCGUGGAGGCCAGAGACGUGCAGCCGCCGUUCAAGCCUAAGAUUAAACAUCGCAAGGACGUGUCCAACUUCGACAAGCAGUUCACGCAAGAGAAGACAGAGCUGACCCCGACAGACAAGCUGUUCAUGAUGAACCUCGACCAGACAGAGUUCAUGGGCUUCUCGUUCCUCAACCCCGAGUUCGUUCAGCACGUGUGAACUACUUGGGUUGAAUCUCCUUCUCAUCAUUGAAAUUAAUUCGCUCGCGGCCGCCGCCAUGGCAUCGGAACGCGGGAAAAGUACCUCUCCACUUGUUGACUGUCUCUGUCACUCACACGACGCUCGUCGUAUGCUGUCUCGUUCACUCUCGACUGUAAAUUACGUUAAGUUUAAAAAUCUAUAAAAACGUCGAUUGGAAAAAAAACUGAAAAAAAGAACACCACUUUUUCUAGGUGUAAAUAUGAUGAGGUUUAGGAAUGUUUACCAUUUGCUCAUUCCUAUUUGUUAUUUUUUGUUUAAGUAAAAGUCCUUUUACUCGUUUUUAAGUAAUAUAAAGUGUUUUACCAUCCGAUGCGGCAUGACUAAAAAGAUUCUUGUAGUUUAGUCGUCAAUAAGUUAUGCAAUAAUUUGAUUUGACUGCAAUAACUUUGCAAUUUGUAUCUCAACGAAUUUCUUAAAGCAAUAUUAAUUGAAGAUUUAAAAUUAUUAUUCGUUGGAUUAUCAUUGGCUCUCUACAUUUUCUAAAGAAAAACAUUGCAUUGUAGAUAUUUCUCAUGUAAGAUUUUCUCUCAACAUUUAUGGAAUCUCGUGAAAUGUUCUGAAAUAUCGCUAUCUUGGGGCCACUUUGUAGGUAAUGUUCGUUUGUACAUCAUUAAUGUCAAAAACGUACGUUUUGACGCUUCCUGUAGCGCUUAAAUCACUCCCAAUAUUUCAUUGUGAGCGACUAUUAGCGUUAUUAUAAUAUAAGCGACGAUGGAUAGUCUCAUUAUGUUACGGCAGGUUAAUUUCACAUACGCUACAUAUCAAUGUAUGUAAAUAAUUUGUCGUGUCGUGUGGAUGGCUCUGCGAAUCAUUAGGUUAAGAUUGUGACAUUUUUAGAGCUUUUUUGACAUGACACGAAUUUAUAACGAUAAUAACCUCAAAUGGCAACUUUCCUAGUAGUAACUAUUUUAAAACUGGCAACUUUGCUAAGUAAGAAUAGUGUAAAUGGCCGAAUUGCCAACUUAGUUUAAAAAAUAUCCUACAAGUUUAUUUUAAAAAAGUUGUAGGAUAACGGGUAUAAAAUAUUAACUAAAAACAUUUUAAAUAACGUUGUUUUCAGCAAAUUAAUAAUGUUUUAAAUAUAAAUGACAUUUUCUUCAUACUGGCAACUUAUUCAAAACUAAAUUCGUGUCGUGGCAACAACCUGUUUUAAUUUUAUCAAUUUUAAGUAUUUUGAAGUCAUUAUUGUGGAGCUCACAACUCGAAUCUCCUUUAUGGUUAACUUAUUGUAGUUAGAAUUAAAAUAUUUUAUUAUUGACUAUGGCCACAUGGCCAGUAAAGUCGUAUUGCUUUUUUUUUAUAAAAUUACUGCUGUAAAGGUUAAGUUUUCAUUGUCUAUCAUAAUUUUCAGUGCUCGUAUAUUGGAUAGGUAUGCUCAUCUUUAGUUGUGUUGUGAAAACAAUUCAAGCUUCAUGUGCGCUAUUUAAACAAUCAUUCUAGUUUUUGGAACCGUGUUAAGUUUUUUGUUUUGCAUUUAAAACUAAUUUCACUAAUUUUAAGUUCAUUUUACCAACCGUGAUUGCAUUUUGUGAUUGUAUGAUCUAAAUCAUGUAACUUUUGUGAGCUUGAUUGUUGUGUAUAUGGAAAUGUAUGUGAAAAUGUGAAGUCACUUAUAUAUGUAUGUAAGCGUCUGUCUCUGAGUGACUAUUUCGACUUGACUUCGAUUUUGUGGUGUUACGUGACGAUGCAUUUUUUCUACUAUUGUUUCAUUAUAUCUUUACACUUUUCUAAUGUUGAUUAUAACAUAUAAAUGUUUGUCUUAUAACACCACAAAAUGACAGCAGUUAGCUGUGAAUAAUCAUUUACUAAAUAGCCUUACUAACUUAAUAGUUAUCGUUAAAUAAAAAUUACAUUUAUAAUAAAAUGUAACACUCUUGCUAGAUUAAAAUUAAUGUGAAUUUAAAAUGAGAAAAAGCAUUUGAUUCUAAAUUGAAUUGUAAUAAAAUGACAUUUAGGUGUUUUUAAUUUUUAAAAGUCUAAUGUUUUCUUUAGCGAAAUAUUACUGAAAAUUAUGAUGUAGGUACAUGGUAUUUUCAGUAAUGUGUAGAUUACUUUACGCCGUGGUGUAAUACCAAGUUAGAUGGUAGCCCGGCCGCUUAGACAUCAUAGUUAUUAAUUUCAAUUCUUUUAGGCUUAAGCAUUACUUUAAGGAUAGCACGCUGGCUCAUUUUCAUUAAUAAUAACAAACUAUUCACUUAGUAUAAGAAUAGCAUUUCUCAGUUAAGUACCUUAUAAGUCUUAUUGACGAACAAGAAAUGACUCACUACGGCUUUUGUUGGUACAAUUUGCGAACAGCGAAAACCUGUGGCAUGUGUGACAAGAAAAGCACUGCCAAUGCGUGAAAAGGAAUAAUUUAUUUUAAUUUGGUUGAAGUGCAAUUAAAAUCAUUCAUAUUUCAUUGUGCAAAGGGCAAACCAAGCCUUAUUCGAGCAAAAAUUCGCUUCUACAGUCAUUUCUUAUGUCUUAUAAAGUAUUUAAAAAAUAUACGCUUUAUGUUGUACAUUAGUGCCGAAGCGGGCAGCCACCAACUUAAUUUGACAGGAGUAAACUAGCUCUAUCUCUUUCUUGUACUUAUUGUAAGUGAAGGACGGCACUAAUUUAAGAGCUGUCGAACUAAAAUUAGGUUAAGUUUGUGUGCGCCCGUGUAAGCACCAAAACUACUUAUUGCUUUUUUCUAAUUUUCAUUAAUAUGAUGACUGAUCGUACUAUCUAUAGACGAUUGAUAUUGAUUGAUUAAUUGAUUUACGUCUGUCAAAAUGGUCGAUAUCUCAUCGUUUUCAGAACGGGCACUGGUUGUGUCUUUUAUAAUGUGAUCAAAACGUGUGUUCAGUUUGAACAAUAUCGUUUUAGAGUUUCAUAAUGGUAAUAAGAAUCCCUUACAAAUGAAAGAAAGAAAGAAAGAAAAAAUUAUUAUGGUAUUUGUACGAAUUUUGUUCAUUUUGGUGAAGUAUUUAGUUGAAAAUGGGCCGGUACUCGUAGAGUAUACACAGCUGGUGUGGGAGUCAACGUAGCGAGCGCUCAGAGCGUCCCCCAUCCAGCUCCUACCGAACAUACAUAUGGGUUUCUAUAGUUCAUUAGCCGUUCUAAAGUCUGGUUAAGAUACUACUAGAAAGAGAAUCUAUACAGGUUACGUACGAGGACGAGAGAUAAGGAAUCGUGAGGCUUUCUCUUCUGUUAGUGCGUGACCUAUACUUGUUUCUACCUUUACUAAACUUUAGAUUAUGCAAUAAGUAUCGGUUAUAAUAUUUUGUCUAUUUCGACACUAGCAGAACUGUCAUAGAUGACUGAAACCAGAGGGAUUAAAAAUUCCAAAUCAAAGCAAUAUUGCAAUUUGUCAUUUCUUGAUAUUGCGCACUUACUGAGGGACUUUCCAGGGUGCAUACCCCAGAAUAUAUAGAUGGCGCUGUCCAGAUUUAACGUGAUAAUUAUCUAUUUUCUCAUUGCUCGGGUACAUAAUUAUUCAAAAAUAUAAAGUAACGGCAGAGACAAAAAAAAAAACAAAAAAAAUAAUAAUAUUUGUUGCUUGAUAUUUGGAUCAGAUAUUUAUUUAUAGAACUAUGUUGUUAGCUAAAUUACACUCACUAUAAAGAUUUUGAAAUAACUAUUUUUAUUGGAAGAUAUAUAUGUAGUGCCUGAGCGUAAUACCAAGGGUCAACCAAUUAUACCCAAAAACAAAGAUGCAUAUGUCUGUUAUCUAUGAAACUAGAAGGUUAAACGAAGGCAAAUCUUUUUUUAAGAAUGUAUUCUCCUUUGAUAGGCGCAAAUGUCAAAUUGCAAAAUUGGUUUUUAGAUAAAUUGCUUCUACGUGGCCUUUUUAACCUCCCUGGAGCAAGAAAUAAAAAUCAAUUCAUAAACGCGCAAAAUUUCACCUAGGCGGUGAAAUUUAUGAUUUUAAAUAGCUUGUGAACUAUAGAGAUAAAUAUUAGUCAGUAUGUCUGCCAUGACAAUACGCAGAAAAACUGACGCCAUCCGAAAAUUCCCAAUUGUAAACACUGACCUAAAAUAAAAACUAAAAUAAUAAUUCAUCGAAUUUCGGAAAUGUGGUACGAUUACCCCCCACCGAGCUACAAAAGUAUUGGUAAAGUAUCUUUUUUUUAUGCUUACUUCUAAAAGUAAACUUCGCGAUUUAAACAAUACUUAGAAAAAUAAUAGAAAUCUAAGUUAUUGAAAAAAAGCUAGUUUUCGCUAUAAAACCACUAUUUAAGCACUGUUUUUGAUAUAAAUUAGCUUUGAAUUACGUAAGUACUAUUUCCAAGCAUUUAAUUCCAAACGCGAUGUUAGAUAAAAAUAGUUAUAUUAUCAAAAACAUUGCUUAUUUUUUCAAAUCAAAAUCGUGGUCUCUAUAAAAUACCCAAUUAGAAAAAAGUAGAUUCUGUCUUAAUGCCUUUACAUCCUCAUUUCCUGACUUGGUCAGUAUUAGAUGAAAUAGUUGAAAGUUUUAAAAACUUCUAGCUAUGUAUUGUAUUUAAUCGUAAAAAUAUCAUAUAUAUUAAGAUCUCACUUGUAAAUAAGCAUAGCAUUAAUUAAAAUACACAGUUACUGGUCAUUAUUACUGUAAGCCUUUUCUAAAAACACACAUAUUUGUAAUUGCUUUGAUGACUACUAAAAGUUUUUUUUUUCUAUAUUUCCCGCCUUAUUUUGUGUGCGUCAAGCUAGCGGCCUCAAAAAAAAAAUGGGCACGAAAAAAUAAUUUGACCAUACCAAAAAAUAGUACUCUUAUUGAAAAAAAUAGUACCUGUUGUAAAAAAAUUAGUACCAUCACGGUUCUGGAUUUAUAGCCAUGUUUUAUUGCACUUGCUAGCUUGACGGUGAGCGAAAUUUGGCGAGAGUUAACGACAAGGUCUUUCGCUUUGAUUUAAACGCCGAAAAAUAGUACCGAAAUAGUACUCACCCCCUGCAAAAUACCGAAAGUAGUACUUCAACGGUUCCAAAGUUAUAAAGGCAGUUCUUUGAUCCCGCUAGCUUGACGUUUUGAAAAUACCUAUUAUCUGGGGAACGCUUGCAUACUUCAGUAUGUAACUAAUGUCAAUAAACUCGUAUGAAAUAGUACUCCCUACCAUCAUAAUUUUGAUCCGAUUCUCUUUGUAGAAAUGUUAAAAAAUCAACAUAACCUAUGCCAUACAUUUGUUGUUGAUACAGUCACGUAGACAAUUACAUAACCUCACAAUUUAUUCGUAAGUAUUGCCAUUUUGGAGGUCUACCCUACCAUUUCUUUGCACUUCAGUGCUGCUAUUACAAAAAAAUCCUAUUGCAUACACCCAUAUGCACUAAUUUUAAUAGAAAAUGGCUGCAUGGGUCUAGUUCUUAUCGAAAACAAUCUGUGAUUUUAAUACAUCAUAAUACAUUUUUAAUCUGCUGUUUUAUUUUAUAAUUUAUACCUUCAUGUUGAAUUUGUUACGGAUCGAAGUGUUUGUUAAUAAACAAUUUGCAGUAUUUGUAGAAUAACUCAAAGAGUUUCAACAAUGAUAUUACUUUCAUCUAACAACCCUGGCACUUCACCAAUUUUUACCCAAAAAUGGGGAAAAAUACUGAAAUCUGACAACAUUCUUGACCAUGUGUAAUAAUUUUGUUCGCGACUGUACUUGUCUUAAUAAAUGUAUGACAUAGGUUAUAAUGACUUUUUGACAUAUUUCUACAAAGAGAAUCAGGUCCAAAUUAUGAUGGUAGGGAGUACUAUUUCAUACGAGUUUAUUGACAUUAGUUACAAACUGAAGUAUGCAAGCAUUCCCCAGAUAAUAGGUAUUUUCAAAACGUCAAGCUAGCGGGAUCAAAGAACUACCUUUAUAACUUUGGAACCGUUGAAGUACUACUUUCGGUAUUUUGCAGGGGGUGAGUACUAUUUCGAUACUAUUUUUUGGCGUUUAAAUCAAAGCGAAAGACCUUGUCGUUAACUCUCGCCAAAUUUCGCUCACCGUCAAGCUAGCAAGUGCAAUAAAACAUGGCUAUAAAUCCAGAACCGUGAUGGUACUAAUUUUUUUACAACAGGUACUAUUUUUUUCAAUAAGAGUACUAUUUUUUGGUAUGGUCAAAUUAUUUUUUCGUGCCCAUUUUUUUUUUGAGGCCGCUAGCUUGACGCACACCUUAUUUUGACAGGGUGAAAACAGGUUUUUACAUCUUCAAUCUUUUAAACAUAAUAUUAUUAAAUAGAAACUUUUUGGAAACAGCACUGUAAUAACUAUCUUUGACUGGUAUUUUGAAAUAAGAAGGGUCUAUCAUUUCAAAAAAUAAUUUUAAGGUCAAAUACAAAGUUCUAAAUUUAAUUUAUUUCUUUGUAUUGGAAGUGUUGCCAUAAUCAAAACGGUCUAUUGCUAUGUCAAAACAUAGUUUCUGCUUUUUAAGUUCUCGCCAUUUUAGAUCUACCCGUUUUAGUUUGAAUUGUUACUCGUUAUUGUAUGUGUUCAGUGAGAAAUUAGGUUAAAAAAAUUUAAUGAUAUUAUUAAUUUAGCUUAGCAUUACGUGUGUUAGCAUAGGUUGUUCUUCCUAAGUCAUUAAUUUUCUACAUCCUUUUAAUUAAAAAUUGAUAUGUAACAGAAAUAUUCUAUGUUAAAUGAUGAGAUUCCGAAAAAUAAAUGUUUCUUUUUCGAUUAGAUACUUGGAGAAAUUAAAAAUGAUUAAGUAUGCCAUUUUAAUUUCGCUUGUCACUUUCUGAUAUCUAAAUAAUAGGCCUAAAACCCACAUUUCUAAGUAGGUUUAACCCGUAGUUGAUACAGGAGUUUAGUAUACUUUCAAUUAAAAUAUUUUACUAAUUAAAUUAAUAUUUGAACUUUAAAUUUUGACGAUGUUGACGGCGGAUUGCACCUUCACCUGUGCCAAAAGUAUUUGUAAAUAUUUUUCCAUUAAUUAGUGGUAUUCUAUUGAAUAUUAUAAUACUUAUAACCAGACAUUUUAUGUAGUUACCAUUUAUUAAUUGUGAUUUUGCGAGCUACUAGUGGUUUCAAAUCAUUUCAUUCAGAACUUUUAAGUUUUACUAAGUCUAAAAAUUACCUUCUUACCUGCGAAUUAAAAAAUAUUAUUCGUUCGUAAUAUUAAUUACGAAUGGUUGAUAUUACUUAUUAUGGAAACUAAUUCCUGAGAAAUUAUUAUUUAAUUGACAGCACCAACCACUAGUAAAAUGCAAAAAUACAUUUAAAAAAAUCAUCGCACGUUUUUUGAUUAUUUAUAACGUUUAUUGCUAAUCCUGCCAAUUGUUUCUCAUGUGUAAUUCCUGUGCAAUGUUUUGAUAAUAAUUAUUCCUUCAUAUAUUGUAUGGAAAUAUUAAGUAAGUAAGCAUAUGAUAUUGGAUAUUAUUUUGUCAUGUAAAUUACAUUCAAGCUUAGUAAAAUGUUGUGUAAAAUAAUUUAACAUUCUUGCAACUAUCUCUGUGAUAAAUCAUCCUUUCUCAUGUUACGUGAAAGAGUGUUUUGUGUAAUGCAGUUUUUUACAAAAUUAUUUAUUUGGUGCCAAGAAUUUUUCGAGAUUUAGUAUUUUAUAUGUCAUUCCAAAUUUAUCUGAAAUCUUUGAUACAAUUUUUUAAAUUAAUUCGGAAACGAUAUGUGCCAAAACCAUUUAUCACGUCAGAACCGUAAAAUAAACAUUUUUAUUGUGUACUUAGGUAAUUAAUUAAAUAACGCAUGCAUAAAUAAUUAAGAACACUCUUUCACGAAACUUUUAUAAAUUUAAAUGUUAAAGUGCACUUUCUUUACGUUAAAUUUUACCGUCGCCUCUUGCUAGGAGUUUAAUAUAAUUAAUAUUAUCAAAUUUUAAAUUUUAACCAACAUUUUUAAAGGGGUUGUGUGCAGAAAGGUCACCAAAGCAGUUAGAAAAUGAAAAUUUCUGCACAUGAUCUUGUUUAUGAGAUUUAUUGCAUAUUCUAUUUAUCUAUAGUGUAGUAACAGUAUUUCGAUUUGUAGGAUUACAUUUGUCAUUUUCAAAAUGUAAAAUUGUCAUUUUCAACGUUUUUGGACUGUAGGUUCGGAGUGUUUCACUCGCUGGUCGCGGGAGAUCUGGCUGGUGGUAUGGAUUUCUUGGAAGUAAUUGUGGAUUGUACUCAACAAUAUAAAUUUCUAAUCCAUUAGA